AUUACUCUUUUUUUUUCGCACAACAGCUCUCACACUUAAGAGUUAAGAGAGACCACUCUCGGAAAACCAUCCUUUAGAUCUGUGAAUCGAAAAAACUCUGAAAUUCACAGAAAAUCUUCACCAAAAAUUGAAUUCACUUUACAAUCUCAAUUUUGAUUCUAUAAACUAAUUCCUUCAUCAUUUCAUUCUUCGAUCGAGUUGUUGGAUCUGUUUUCAUCGUACAUUAUCAGAUCUGAGUAAAAGGUAUCGAAAUCAUGGAGAAAACUUGUACGCUAUUGGUGCACUUUGAUAAGGGCACACCGGCAUUAGCCAAUGAGAUCAGGGAGGCAUUGGAAGGCAGUGAUGUGCCGGCGAAGGUAGAUGCAAUGAAGAAGGCUGUCAUGCUUUUAUUGAACGGUGAGACGAUCCCACAAUUAUUCAUCACCAUUGUUCGGUACGUCUUACCUUCAGAAGAUCACACUAUUCAGAAACUUUUGCUGCUUUAUUUGGAAAUCAUUGAUAAGACUGAUGCUAAAGGGAAGGUGCUCCCUGAGAUGAUUUUGAUUUGUCAAAACCUAAGGAAUAAUUUUCAACACCCUAACGAGUAUCUUCGAGGUGUUACGCUUAGAUUUUUGUGUAGAUUAAAUGAGAGUGAGAUCAUUGAGCCGUUGAUUCCAUCCGUGUUGCAAAAUCUGGAGCAUAGGCAUCCAUAUGUUAGGAGGAAUGCUAUACUUGCUGUCAUGGCUAUCUAUAAGCUUCCACAGGGGGAGCAGCUCUUGGUAGAUGCACCUGAGACCAUUGAGAAGGUGCUCUCCACUGAACAAGAUCCAUCAGCAAAGAGGAAUGCAUUCCUCAUGCUCUUUACAUGUGCCCAAGAGAGGGCAAUUAGCUACCUAUUUACCCACAUUGAUCGAAUCUUGGAUUGGGGUGAGCAGCUUCAGAUGGUGGUUUUGGAGCUGAUCAAAAAGGUUUGCCGGACCAAUAAGCAUGAGAAGGGGAAGUACAUAAAGAUCAUUAUAUCUUUGCUCACUGCCCCUUCAACAGCUGUCAUAUACGAAUGUGCUGGUACCCUAGUUUCUCUAUCAUCAGCACCUACAGCUAUUAGGGCCGCUGCUGAUACUUACUGUAAGCUACUGCAGUCACAAAGUGACAACAAUGUCAAGCUUAUUGUGCUUGAUCGUUUGAAUGAGCUGAAGACUUCUCAUAAGGAAAUCAUGGUUGAAAUGAUUAUGGAUAUUCUUCGUGCUCUUUCUAGUCCUAAUCUUGACAUCAGGAGGAAGACUUUAGAUGUUUCCCUUGAAUUGAUUACUCCUAGGAAUGUUGAUGAAGUAGUUCUCAUGCUGAAGAAGGAAGUGGUGAAGACUCAAAGUGCUGAUCUUGAGAAGAAUGGAGAGUAUAGGCAAAUGCUUGUUCAAGCCAUCCAUACGUGUGCUAUGAAAUUCCCAGAGGUGGCUAGCACAGUUGUCCAUGUGCUAAUGGAUUUCCUUGGAGACACAAAUGUUGCUUCAGCUAUUGAUGUUGUGGUUUUUGUGCGGGAGAUCAUUGAGACCAACCCCAAAUUACGGGUCUCUAUCAUAACAAGGCUUCUGGAUACCUUUUAUCAGAUCCGUGCAGCAAGAGUUUGCUCUUGUGCUCUGUGGAUUAUUGGGGAGUAUUGUCUUUCUCUCUCCGAAAUUGAGAGUGGAAUUGCUACCAUUAAGCAAUGUCUUGGAGAACUUCCAUUUUACACUGCCACUGAGGAAGGAGAGGGCCAGGAUGCUCCUAAGAGGGACCAACUAGCCAGCAGUAUCACAGUCUCUUCUAGAAAGCCUGUGGUUCUUGCAGAUGGAACAUAUGCCACUCAAAGUGCUGCACUAGAAACUGCUAUGUCCCCCCCUACCUUGGUUCAAGGGUCUUUGGCUACUCAAGGAAAUCUGAGAUCUCUGUUGCUAUCUGGUGAUUUUUUCCUUGGCGCUGUUGUUGCCUGCACUUUGACAAAGCUUGUUUUGAGGUUGGAGGAGGUUCAACCAUCCAAGGUUGAAGUGAACAAAGCAAUAACAGAUGCCUUACUAUAUAUAGUGUCCAUGAUUCAGCUUGGGCAAUCACCUGUUCUCCCACACCCUAUUGACAAUGAUGCUUAUGAUAGGAUUGUUCUCUGCAUCAGACUUCUGUGCAACACUGGGGAUGCAGCUAGAAAAAUUUGGCUUCACUCUUGCAAAGAAAGCUUUGUUAAUAUGCUUGCUGACAAGCAAUUCCGUGAAACUGAGGAGAGGAAAGCCAAGGCCCAGAUUUCUCACUCUCAACCUGAUGAUCUCAUUGACUUCUAUCAUUUGAAGAGCAGGAAGGGCAUGAGCCAGUUGGAAUUGGAAGAUGAGGUUCAAGAUGAUUUGAAACGUGCAACCGGAGAAUUUACCAAGGAAAAUGAUGAUGCGAACAAACUUAAUCGCAUUCUUCAGCUCACAGGGUUCAGUGAUCCAGUUUAUGCUGAGGCCUAUGUUACAGUUCAUCAUUAUGACAUUGUCCUUGAUGUUACUGUUAUUAAUAGAACAAAGGAAACCCUGCAAAACUUAUGCUUGGAAUUGGCAACCAUGGGUGACCUUAAACUUGUGGAGCGUCCACAGAACUACACUCUGGCACCGGAGUCAAGCAAACAAAUCAGGGCUAACAUUAAGGUCUCCUCUACUGAAACAGGAGUUAUAUUUGGUAAUAUUGUCUAUGAGACUUCAAAUGUGCUUGAACGUAAUGUCGUUGUCCUCAAUGACAUCCACAUUGACAUUAUGGAUUACAUUUCUCCUGCAACCUGUGCUGAUGUUGCAUUCAGAUCUAUGUGGGCUGAGUUUGAAUGGGAAAACAAGGUUGCUGUGAACACUGUAAUUCAAGAUGAGAAGGAAUUCCUGGAUCACAUUAUCAAGUCGACUAACAUGAAAUGCCUUACUGCACCAUCUGCCUUGGAAGGAGAGUGUGGUUUCCUUGCAGCAAACUUAUACGCUAAAAGUGUCUUCGGUGAAGAUGCUUUGGUGAACGUUAGUGUUGAGAAACAAUCAGAUGGCAAGCUCAGCGGUUACAUCAGAAUUAGGAGUAAAACACAAGGCAUUGCCCUCAGUCUUGGGGAUAAGAUCACCCUGAAACAGAAGGGAGCUGCUUGAUCAAUACUUCAUCGUUACAGUAUAGGAGUUUCCCUGUUUCUGCUUCACUAUCAUUCAUUGUGUCAUGUUGCUAUCGGCAUGACUGUUGCAUAUCCUUAUACGCACUUGUUUUUUUUAAAAGAGGGAGAUUUUUGAUUUUCCUAUUGUUAAUUUUUGUAUUUUCAGUUUUCCAGUGUCGGAAAGUUAGCCUUAAGCGGAUAUUCAUUUCUUUAUGUCUUGAGAUGUAUGUCUUAUGUUUACCUCAUUUUGUGCUUUCAACUGAGGAAUACUUUGUACAAUGUAGACCUCUCCCUCGAGGUUAUAUGACUAGCGCUGUUCAAUCUUUUCUCCAUUGCCA